CGCAAGCGUGAAAAGUUAAUAUUACCAGAUACCCUUACCAGGAAGGGACCAGGUGGAAAUGAGAAAGGCUUGGAAAACUUUCCUCGGCUCAUGGACAUUUUGCAUACAAUUCUAAAGUCAAAUUUGUGUUUCACCGGGUGUGCCGUUUUCAAGGUGGACGCCAGCGCAAGGAAGUUUGUUUACUAGCAGUAGCUUUCCCUAUGGUGCGGAGUGCGGACGAGACAUAACGCUAGGUAGCAAGGGAGGUAGCAUCAUGCUAACGGGCUAACUUGUCUAGUAAGCCUGUUUAGAAACGGUCUUGUAAAUUACUAUGACAUUCAUUUUCUAGCUCGCGUUGUGUAUUUUUCUGUGCUUGCUAUCAUCUCGUUAUUCAGCUUGCUCAUUGUUCUACACGUGAAGCUCGGGACUUGGUCUUUUGGAAUGUUGGAUCGCAUCAGACAAUAAUAAAGCACUGUAGCUAGGUAGCGUUUGUCUGGCUAGCGAGCUAGUUUUAGUUAUUUAUAAUGUUCUUAGCGUUGUGCUGAAAUCACCAACAACCAAUUCCUGCUGUUAAUACAAACCUUGUACCGGGUGUUUGGACUUGGCGAUUCUAGUUUAUAUAUCUGGCUAGCAGCGUCAACCAUUCCUUUUGGAACUAGUGCUCGCUAGCCAGUGGUUGGCAUAUGAUGGGGCCCCUAGUAGCUACAUAGUUAGCCAACUGAUCAUUGCCAGUUAAUAAUAUGGGAGGAUGUGUAGGGAGAGAACGUGAGGACACACAGGGCCAUGGCUCAUCUCGGAGUGGUGGAAGGGGACACAGGAAACGUGGAGGUCGUAACGAGCCCUUGAAGAAGGACCGCCCGAAGUGGAAGAGUGAUUACCCCAUGACGGAGGGCCAGCUGAGAAGCAAGAGAGAUGAAUUCUGGGACACGGCGCCCGCCUUCGAGGGACGCAAGGAGAUCUGGGACGCCCUGAAGGCGGCGGCGGUGGCCCUGGAGUGUAACGACCACGAGCUGGCUCAGGCCAUCGUGGACGGAGCGAGCAUAACGCUGCCCCAUGGCACCCUGACGGAGUGUUAUGACGAGCUGGGGAACCGCUACCAGCUUCCUGUCUACUGCCUGGCCCCUCCCAUCAACUUAAUCUCUGAGCGCAGCGAUGAGGACCCCAGCGACAGCCCCGAGCCCCCUGCAGCCCCCAAAAAGGAGUUCCAGCUCAAGGUGCGUCUGUCGACAGGGAAGGACCUGCGUCUGAGCGCCAGCAUGUCGGACUCCAUCGGCCUGCUGAAGAAGCAGCUGCAGGCCCAGGAGGACAUCGACGUGGCCCACCAGCGCUGGUUCUUCUCUGGGAAGCUUCUCACAGACAAGACCCGACUCCAGGACACCAAGAUCCAGAAGGACUUUGUCAUCCAGGUCAUUGUCAACCCGCAGGCCCCCAUCACUAACCCAACCACCCCCACCACCGCUACGACCCCCACCACCGCUACGACCCCCACCACCGCUACGACCCCCAUCACCUCCUCGACCCCCACCCCCUCCUUGACCCCCACCCCCUCCUUGACCCCCACAGCUCCCACCAACUGAGCCCCAGAGGAGGAAAGGAGGGAUGGAGAGGGUGGGGUCCGAACAAACCCAGGAUAAUACAUUUGUAUUCAUGUGGUUCUUGAAGAAGAGACUCUCUUUGUUUCUUCUUUUUGUAAAUCUAUAACUAAAUGAACAACACUUAUAAGGGAGCAACUCCAAUGUGCUGCUUUUUAUUCAAGUGUCCAACUGAACAAUUAAAGCGUGUCCAUAUGUAACUGUAACCGAUCGGUUCUCUGGCUGUUCAAGUAAUUGGUUGGCCUAUGGAACAGCCAAGUGAGUGAUUUUUCAGAGGGGGGAUUUCUGCGUUUCUUCAGGUUGGGACUGCAACCCUCUCCCUCAACCCCAUCACCUUUCAAAUUUACCAACCCAAAUCACAACAGAUCUCCUUUCUGAUUGGACGAGGGCCAGCGGGAAUCUGCCGCCCUCCUGCCUCCCCCUGCUCUGCUGUCUGCACUGAUGUUAACUAGCUAACUAAGUGCCAAUAGAAGGAUCUCUGGCAGAGUCGUAUGCGUUGGUUGUGAAGCACAUCUUUGUCCCUGGACUCUGCACUGGGACGCCUUUCGACCCCGAAGACUGGGGAGAGAGGAGGAGAGAGGACUUUCUCCCUUGAGGCGGAUAACUCUUUGUUUUUCUCUCUCAUGUCUUUUUUUUGUUUUGUAGAGAUAAUCUCAACCAAGCUUUUUUGCACACUCAAUUUUAUUAUACUUGCGUGGUAGUUUGUGUGCCUUUCGACGACAGAAAAACAGACUAAAUGGAAUCCCUGGAAACGCUACUUUUACUGCUCCGCCUUCUGUCACUAGAUUCAGGAAUCCACUGAUAAUAUAAAUAUAAAUAAUGGGUCAGUGCAAACUCUACUGCUGCCUUUCAUAAUGGUCUAUCUGUCUCUACCAGUUUGUUGAAGAUGUUUAACAGGUGGUGUUCGUCAUUCCUGUGGUCGCAUCCUGCUACGUGUCCUGCUAUUGUACAAGAAGUACUAUUUGGAAUUAUGGCCAAUUUUCACAUUGGUGCUUGAUUGUUCAUGCCUGACACAAUGAUAGAAAAAUGCCAACUCCACCCAUCUAACACUCCAGGCGGACUUCCUCAAGGCAGAGGGAAUGCUUUCAGUCACACUUUGGCCUGCUCCUAUGUUCCCCAGCCCUAUCUAGUUCUGUAUGUAGCGUACAGUGUUUUGUAUGUGCACAGCCUCCUUUUGACAAAUGUUUCCACAUUUACAUGUGAAGCUAAAAGUUUGAGGGAAGAGUUGUCCCUGUUAAUCAAUCACUGAUAAAACCUAACUGUACUCAUAGCUGCAAGAAUGUUUCAUUCACAUCUGAAAUACCUCUCAAAGGAGCUCUCUCUCCAUCCCUCCCCCCAGUCUCUUGUUCUGUUGUAAUCAAAGAGAUGACAGGAGAGCAGGGUCAUGUUUGCAGUUGUGAUCUCUGUGAGGUAGCUGGUCUUCUCUUCUCCCUCAUCACCCGCAGUCCAGGUAGUGAGAGGCAGACAAAGAAGGGCACACACACAGAGAGACACCGCUCUGUCCAGCUUGCUGUUUCACAUUCAACUCGAGUAUAUGAGAGCCUGCACACGCAUCGAAAACCAGAUAUGACUGGGGUCGAGACCAGGAGGGUUCUGGUCUAAACUCAUUACUUUCGAGUUGCAAUCCGACACCAUGGUCCAGGAUCACAUCAAAAUAAAUUUGCUCUGCUGUUGAGAACGCAUCUUCCUCACAUUACUUUGAUGUCAGCCCUUCUGCAGUCCUCGUUGCCUGUGUAGGUUAUUAGAAAAACAAUUUAUUCAGCUAAAUCAUGUUGUGGUGGGAAUAUGUGUUACUGAAAAGAAAAAACAGACUUGAAUACUUAUUUCUCUCAACUGCUAUGUAUGUGCAAUACAAAAUAGACCUCAUACUUGUUUUUUAACUCCAUAUUUCUGAUUGCAUUAGUUAUGACUAUUCUCUAUAAGCUAGAACUGCAAAACUAUAUUCCUGUCCAGGACAAUCACAUCUGUCAACUGUUUUCUAUGUCAAUUUAUAGCCUUUGUCUCUUUUUUGGUAUAUUUAGAAAGUGUUAUCACCCCGCAAAACAUUUAAUUGGACAGUGGUUUUGUUUUAGGAAGUGUCUUGGGGUACGUUUUAGUGAUACUGGAGCCUGGCAUAAAAAUAGCCACCUCAUUCUAAUCAAUAAGAGAGAUGGGGGGCUAGACUGGCUCCAUCCCAGGUCACCACCCUGAUUCCUGGACUGUGCACUUCCCCACUCCCCAGCCUGCAUUGAAUCACAUACUGUAGAAAUGGAGCUGACAAAGCCAUAGGCCUACGGUUAGCGAGCCUUUGUCGCCGGGGGAGAACAUAGUCCUUGUAGAGAGUGAGUUAGGACAAAGUGUCAGGAGGAGGGAUGGUCAGCCUGAUCUGCUCUGUAUAAGGGAACUCAUGUCUCACCUGUGUUUUUGUUCUUCUUGUUCAAAGUGUGUGUGCCUGUAUGUAAAUGUAUAGUCUGUAUGACAAUUGUUCAGCUUUUUGCGGCGGGGAAUUUACAUGUCAUGUUGUGUGAAUGCUCUCUGUCCAUCAUCAUAUCAGUUAUAUUCAAGGUACUGAUAUGGGCUCUCCAGACAGACCUGCCAUGGACGUAACCUUGGUACAAAAAGCCAUAAGGCCGGGGAUAUUUAUUCUAGGGUUUUCUUUUCUUCUGAAGAUGACUAAAGGACACUAUACUGCUUUCCCCUCUAACUUCAACAUACCCAGAAGCCAUUGCAGAUUAAUAAAGUGUGUUCAACAAGGUCGGUUGAGGAAGCUUCCUCUCCCCAACGGGCGACUCAGAAGAAAAACAUGCAAAUGUGUCUUUGAUGAACGUCCACAGGGGUAUACAUGUAUAAAGAUCUGUAUAUUUAGUCAUUUUGGAAAAUAAAUACGUGAUAUAUUGAGAUUUCUGAUAAUUAAAUAUGCCUACAAUUUAUUUUACAAGUGAUGUGUAAAUUUAUAUGCUGAUUUCAUUUUCAACCUUGUUUUUAACUGUCAAAUAAAACUAUUCGA